AUGAUUCAAAUGGGACAGCAGCUAAACCAGCAGCUAGAACAGCUGCUGGAAUCUCAAGCCAGGCUCGAGGAUAGCAUCGAGUGCAGGCUCACUGCACUCAAAGAACAACAAACCCAUUGUUCGCGCAUGUGUGCUGAAAAGCGUGCAUCCCAAAACGCGCCAGUUCCUUUGGAGCUGUCCCAGCCCCAGCCCAUUCCCCCUCAACCAGUCCCAUGCCAGGUUGAGAGCAGUCCGGCACCUGCGGACUGCAAACUCACAGAAGUGUGCAGCGCUUCAGCGAGUCCUGAGCCAUUACAGGCUCAUACUGCCAUUUCCGGGUCUGGAACCGUCCCAGACCCGAUCCAAUGCCAUCCUCAGCCGGUUUUAGACCAGGUUGAGAACAGUCCAGCACCUGUGGACUGCGAUCUCGCAGAAGUGCGCAGCGCUUCAGCGAGUCCUGAGCCGUCACAGGCUCAUACCAUCAUUCCCGGGUCUGGACCUGUCCCAGACCCGACCCGAUCCUCUCUCCCACCCAUUGGGCUCCCUUCCCCAGAACCCCAGAGGGAGAUUGAGUUCCUGGAGAACUCAGCGCUUGCCAUUCUGGCAAGUGCGAUCUUUCUUAAGCCCAGUAGAAAUACUGGGCUACAUCACUCGAGAUCGGCUGAAAUAGCCGAUCAACUCCCUUCAAAUCUGCAGGGAGACUGCGACUACAAAGACUGGAUCAAGUUAUGA